UACGAAAAUCAUUAUGGUUAAGAUUUAUCGAAUAAGCGAAUACUUGCUUCAGAACAGUUUGGAACACCUUUCCUCCAUCACCACAAAUUUAAAUUUGUUCCCAUUUUUAUGUUCGUGAAAUAAUCUACUAGUCAUGAUUUUUGACUACGAAAUCCAAGAGCAAGAUGUUCUCACUUUAUUGCCUAAUGAUCGGAAUAAAUGCGCUUUCAUAACUGAUAUGGUUGUUCUACAGUGCAUCAUAGUUACUAUCGGCUCCAUGACCAUUCUCUACUGCGUCUGGUCUCCAGACAAAACCAACAUUGAGUACGAUAAGCUCUUCCGCGUGACCUACCUCUUCGACUUCGAAGCCUGCAACUAUAAAGUGAACAGAGCCAAGCUGGUGGCCAACCUCCUCAUCAGCAAUGAGACGUAUGGGCGGGACGUUCUGCCUAUCAAGUGGUUGCCGGCUGUAGUCACCGUGUCUACUCGGCUGUCGGCUAGGACUAGAAAGUACAUAGAGCUGAGUCUAGCGUUCCAUGUCAUCUGGUCUGUCCUCGCUAUUGGCUUUCGUAUUGUUACUAAAAAUAGUACGGACCUUAGAACUUUGAAAGUGACGCUCAUUGUAUUUUUCUACUACUGUAUCUUCAUUAUUUGCUUCGAUGCAUCGAUGGCGGUCCUCUACAUCACUCAUAUCAAACAGAGUUUGACUAAAGGGAUGAUUCUUAGAAACAGUGGUUGGAGCACAGAAAUCAAACUACAGGGUAGCGAUGACUUUGCCGGCUGGCUGCCUAUUACAGCUUCCAUUUGUUGGUUACGAGGUUUUGUAUUCUUCUUCAUGAAUAUAUAUUUCUGCAGGAUAAUCAGCAUUAUGCGUAAAAAAAUAAAGAGAAGAGAAGUAAGAACAAAGUAUCCACACGCACGGUACUUACAGAUCCCUGAGCCCCAGCAAGUACCAUCGUAUGGUAACAAAACUCUAGUUUUUCGUUAUGGUGAACGUAAACCUCAAAUCCCAAGGAAAAACAUUUUGAUUUAAGUCUACAAAUACAGUUAGUUAUAUUUAAGACAAGCAGGUCAUUAUAUUUUAGCUGUAAAAUAGUUAUUUUAAGUUAACAUUGAUAAUAAUUUCUAAUUAAAUUACGUCGAUAACA